AUGUCUUCUCUCACAACUGUUUCAAAUGACUCUGUCAUCAUUCAUCCUCCUGGCUUCUAUAUCAUCGGAUUUGAGACAUUUCCCUACAUCAGUGUCUACAUUAUCUUUCUCGCGUUUGUCUAUGUGGUUACACUAGUGUUCAAUAUUUUAUUGAUCUACAUAAUUGCCUGUGACCACUGCUUACAUACUCCAAAAUUUCUGGCUGUUGUCAACCUCGCAGUAAUUGAUAUAAUGUUAAAUACAAGCACUAUUCCUAGCAUGCUAAAGACAUUCCUCUUUAUGGACAACUUUGUUCCAUUCAAUAUAUGUCUGUUACAAAUGUAUGUCUACUAUGCUACUGCAUCUCUGGAGUCAUAUGCACUUGCUAUACUUGCCUAUGACAGGUUUAUUGCAAUAUGUUUCCCUCUGCGUCAGAACUUAUUCAAUACACUGCCGAUCAUGUCUUGUAUUGUAGGCGUGACUUGGGUUUACAGUCUGGGACAACUAGCUUAUAGCACGGCGAUCAUGACUCGUCUGUCUUUUUGCAGUUCUGUGAAAGUGUACAGCUAUUUCUGUGACUAUGCACCUGUAUUUAGACUCGCUUGUAAUGAUUACACAUUGCAGUGGUCGGUAGCUUCAGCUUCUAGUAUGGUGAAUCUGAUGGCCCCGUUUAUUUUUAUUAUUCUGACAUAUAUCAGCAUCCUGAUUACUGUGUUCAGGAUGAAAUCAGUAAGCAGUAGGAUGAAAGCUCUCGCCACUUGCAUUGAGCACAUAGUCCUUGUUGCUGUAUUCUACAUUCCUAUGUUCAGCAUUUUCUUAAUAGGGCUUUAUGUGCGAACCAUUGACCGAGAUCAGCGUGUGCUGAGCCUGUCCCUGUCCUCAUGCAUCCCACCCUGCAUCAAUCCUAUUGUAUAUUCUUUAAAAACAAAAGAGAUUAAAACCAGAGCCCUGGCCCUGGUCCAUAGGCUGAAAACAAGCCCAUGA